CAGAGCCAGCGUGUGUGUGGUGGAAGCUGGCGGAGCCCAGACAAACCUCCGACUCAGACCCAGUCAACUGUGGAGAGAAUAUUCAGAGCAGAUUCAGGGGCCUGCGGAGGAACUUUCCCAGCCAAAUAAAACCCAUAUUCAGGCAGAUAGGCUGGGGUUUUUUUUAAAAAAGGUAAAUUCAGUAGAGUUAUCAGUGCGCCAAUUACGCACGGCGGAGGGCUGUAGUGUUUUUUUUGCGGCUACAUGUGCACUGCCAGGUGGAGCCAACUUGGGGAAAGCCACAUUUGAAGAACAUCCGCACACUGUUUGGGACUUUAAAGACGCAUGAUGCCGUGUGAGAGCGCACUGUGUCUGUACUUUUGGAUGCUCUUCUUCAGUCCCGUUAUGACAAACACUAUCACCGAGGACAUAGAGGUGUUGGUGUUCCUGCCAAAAAAUAACUCCUACCUUUUUUCACAUACCAGAGUGGCACCGGCGAUCCUUUACGCACAGCAGAGGCUGAAGGCGGAAGGAGGACAGUACUCCGGCUUCCACUUCAACAUCCAGUUUGAGAACUCAGACUGCGUGAAUAAUGCCUUCCUGACCUUAGUGGACAGGUGUGGGCAAAAACCGGACCUGAUCCUGGGUCCGGUGUGCGAGUACGAGGCUGCGUCCACGGUGCGUUUGGCGUCCCACUGGAACAUCCCGGUGAUCUCAGCAGGUGCUCUGGCCGCCGGCUUCAGCGACAAGAGCACCGAGUACUCCCACCUGACCCGCAUCGCACCUUCCUACGUGAAAAUGGCAGAAACCUUCACGGCGAUUUUCGAGCAUUUCACCUGGAAAAGAGCCCUGCUGCUGUACGAGGACGACGCGCAAGAGCGGAACUGUUACUUCACUCUGGAGGGGAUCUAUCACCUGAUGACGGACUUUAACUUCAACUCACUGGCCGUUUCCCCGGACAACCGGCCGGACAUGGAUGACAUCCUCCAGAGGAUCUACGAGAAUGAAGUGGUGAUCAUGUGCAUGGGAGCAGACAGAAUACGAGACAUCAUGUUGGCCGCCCACAGACAACAGCUGACCAACGGAAAUCACUUGUUCUUUAACGUCGAACUCUUCAAUUCCUCAUCUUAUGGCAAUGGCUCAUGGAGGCGAGGGGACAAAUAUGACAACGAAGCCAGGCAGGCCUAUACUUCUUUGAACACUGUGACGCUGCUAAGGACCACAAAACCCGAAUUCGAAAACUUCACCUUGGAAAUGAAAAAGUCCGUUGAAAAAGCACGGUUUCCUGACUGCAAAGACUGUGAAAGCAUCAACAUGUUUGUUGAGGGAUUCCAUGAUGCCAUACUGCUGUAUGCUAUUGCUUUGCAUGAAGCUAUGAAAAACGGAUUCACCAAGAAGAACGGAUCAGAGAUCACUUUACGCAUGUGGAACAGAACUUUUGAAGGAAUUGCAGGCCAGGUAUCGAUGGAUGUCAAUGGUGACAGAAAUGGAGACUUCUCUUUGAUGUCCAUGACCAACGCUGAGGAAGGAACCUAUGAGGUAGUGGCCAACUACUUCGGUGCAAAUGGAACUUUUCAGUUGCUCCCAGGAUUCAACAUCGACCAUUUCACUCUCAAAGUCAGACAACCACCAAUAACGGAGAUACAAGACAAAUCAUGUGGACUAGGAGUAUCAGCUCUGACAGGAGUCAUAGUGGGAGCUGUUCUGGGAACUGCAAUGCUUAUAGCAUUCUACUUCUUUAGAAAAAACUAUAGGAUUACCAUUGAGCGUCGCAGGCACAGUGAAGAAUGUGACAUUGGGAAGCACCGUCAGUUACGAGAGGACUCCAUCAGGUCAAACUUCUCAGCGGCAUAAUCUCCAACAGUCCUUCACAGUGAAUCGCACAUCCAAAUGUGACCAAAGACUUUGCAAAAGCUGUCAGUGGUGUCAUGCUGUUUAAAAAAAAAAAAAAAAAAGACAAAAAAAAAAAAAGAAAAAUGACAUGCUUUUUGUUUGUAACCUUUUGAUGUUUUGACUCAUUGUAACUCAGGACAAUUUUAAGUCACAAAGCACCACUUAACUGGAUUUACUCAGUGCAAAGGUAUAUGAUUGUAUAGAACCCUUUGUCCAUUGUAUCCUGUAGGAUUUUUACAAUGUCUGCAGUCAUAUUUUUAAUU